GUUGAUUUUUUAAAAGUACUAUGAAAAAAUUGUUGCUUUUGCUUUUGAUUUUUGUUGUGUUGUGUUGUUUGUUGGAUGGGAGCAACGCGUGGAGAAGACGACGACGAAGAAGACGAAGUCCUCCACCAAAAAUUAACUGUGUUGUGUCUUCCUGGACAUCUUGGGGGGAGUGCAGCAAAUCUUGCUCCAGUGGCACGCACACCCGGACCAGAAGAAUAACAACGCAUCCACAGAAUGGUGGAAACGGAUGUCCACUGUUGGAACAGAGGGCGCCAUGCAAUAAGAUGGCAUGUCCCAUCAUUGAUUGUGAAUGGAGCAAAUGGGGAAGUUGGUCCGCGUGUUAUUCAUGCUCCCCUGAGAGGAGCCGAUUCAGGAACGUGUCUGUUGCCGCCAUGUUUAACGGCGAGGAUUGUAGCGGAAGUGACUACCAAAUAGAUAGAGGAUGUCCAGCAGCCAAACCUUGUACAACCACUUGUCCAGAAGGUUACUUCUCUUGCGCAGACGGUCUUACUUGCGUCAAACCACAACUUGUGUGUAACGGUGACAACGACUGUACUGACAACUCCGACGAGCAUAACUGUAAAUCCGGAAUAUCUUCACCCUGUGCCAGCAAUGAGAAAUACUCUGUUAUUCCUAGUAUCGGUUUAGCAGGCGCAGGGUUCGAUAUUACUGAAGGAAGAAUAGCUGGUGAAAUACUGGACAACCAUCAGUAUAACGGACACUGUGAUAUCGCACAUAGCGGUGAUCAUAAUCAGAUAUUCAGAAGACCUGCCAACAUUCAGAGCUACCGUUUCGAAGUAAAAGUUGACUCCAGUUUUUCAACUCGUUCGUACAACAGCGCGAAGGAAUACGUUGAAGAAGAAAGAAAAGCAACGGAGAAAAGCAUAAGCGUUGGAAGCUCUUUUGGCUUCCCCGGCAUUGGCGGAGUGUCAAUUAAAUCCAGCAGUACAAACAAUGCUAACAUGAGAAAAGUAACGUCACACUCAACAAACAAAGACGCCAAGUUUUUUAAAGUCACCAGCACAGUUAGACUUGCACAGUUCAGCACUGUACGAAAUAAGUUUUUUCUAUCACGCCAUUUCCGACGUCGACUUCGUGAUCUACCGGUGCAUUACGAUUACUUAAAAUACCUCAAUAUUAUCGCCGAUUUCGGAACUCAUUUCUACACUGGGGGUACAUUAGGGGGGAAGUACGAAUACAUCUACCGGUACUCUAAAUCUGCCCUGAAAAAGUCAGAACUGUCCGAGUCGGAUCAGAAGAAAUGUCUUUCAGUUGAAGCGUCAGCCAAGUUUUUUGGCGUGGGUGCUAGCAGUGGUUCAAAGUCAUGUUCCAGCAACGGACUUUCAAAAUCUAAUGGAAAUAGUUUUACUAAAUCAGCGGAAGACGUGAUUUCAAAUGUUAUUGGUGGAGAUUCAGGCAAAGCAGCUUCGUUAUCGUUCAGCAACGAUCCGAACGACAACGAUUACGACGCGUGGGUUGAAACUGUGAAGCAUAACCCCAGUAUCAUAGACUACGAGAUCACACCGAUCAGCGCUGUUAUCACUAACUCUGCAAAACGAGCCAACAUGGAACGAGCGUUGUACCAUUACAUGGCAAAGUAUGACUUCGAUGUUUGCACAGGAACGUGCUACAACGAUGCUGAUAAGAUUGUAGGAAACAAGGGCAAAACAUGCGCAUGUCUUUGUAAAGCAUCUUACACCGGUGUAGAUUGUCAUAACCAAUAGAACAAUAACAACAAUUUGCAUUAGCGAAAAAUCUACUGUCACAUAUAUAUGCUUUAAUUGUAGUAGUGUCACGUACCGGAAUAAAAAAAAUAAUUUGGUUACUG